CUCGAUUCCAUCAUGUCGUUCAGCAAUCUCCGUGCUGCACGCAAGGCUAAAGACGCCAGAUCUUUUGCUACGAAUCCACAAGUGCAUAGCGCUGCCCAGGAGACAUCGGUAAAUCCAGAGCCUACCACUGUCGAGAAUGCCGAUGUCCAUAUGCAAUUCCAAGAUGAGUCUUCGCCGGACGUAGAAGCUGCACUGCAGAACUUGCACGGGAUACCUGAGUAUCUCUAUAUACGAAGCAGUCCGAGCGAGGGACGCGGUCUGUGGGCCAAGCAGCCCAUCAAGCGGGGGACCGUGAUCAUCGCGGUCAAACCACACGUAUCCGUCCUUACCACGCAGAACUUGGCCUCGUACUGCUCGAAUUGCUUCGAAGAGGCACCCGAAGCUGGACUGAAGCGUUGUGCGCAUUGCCGUGUCGUCCAUUACUGUAAUUCUGAAUGUCAGAACAAGGAUUGGGCCACUCACAAACGUGAGUGCACUGCGCUACAGGAAUGGGCGAAGCAUGCACCGGCUGCUGAGGUGUCCGUACCUUCGGACGCCGUGAGGUGCCUCGGGCGAUUGCUCUGGAAGAGGCAGAAGAAAGGGUUGGAUAGCACAUGGGCUCAACAAAUCGCGGCGAUGCAGUCCAACAGGAAAUCCUUGCAGCCUUCCGGCUACGAAUUUCACACUCACCUCUCGCACUCCUUGGUGCGGUACCUUGGUUUAUCGUCUCCGGACGGGCUUCAAGAUUUCGGCAUCAGCUCACCGGGCGAUCUGCUUGACCUGACCUCUCGUUUCGCAACGAACUCGUACUCGGUGACUACUCCGGAUCUCACGCCCAUUGGCGCCUGCGUUUCGCCGCUGGUCUCGCUCGUCAAUCAUUCUUGCUCGCCCAAUGCUGCCACUGUGUUUCCGCGCGCUUCGAAAACACCGUCUACGGACGAGCCACUGAUCUCAGUCGUGGCAAUCCGAGAUAUACAGCCUGAUGAGCAGAUAUUCACGUCGUACAUCGACACCACCCUCCCGCGAGCUCUGCGGAGACGUGAGCUGCAGGAGGGGUACAAUUUCCUCUGCAAGUGCUCUCUAUGCAAGACGCCGCCGCCAGUAGACGCAAGGGAAGCUUUGUGGUGCCCGAAGUCGUGCGGAGGCAUGUGCCCCUUGCCAAUCGAAGAGAACCCUCUUGCUCAAUGCGCGAACUGUAAGGCUGUAGUGAAAGACACCGAUGCUGUUCUGGACGCUACCAGAGUCGGGCAGGAGGGGCUGAAUAAGGCUACCGCUCUUCAGAGCAAAGACCCAGCCAAAGCCAUUCAGCUCACGACGAACCUAAUACCCAUUCUGGUAUCCGCUCAGCUCGUGCCCUCGUCCCAUCCGCUGCUUGGUCUCUCGCGCCUGCACCAAUCCCUCCUUAUAAGCGCGUUCUCGGCAUCGCCCUCUCAGGACAUCCUCGACGAAGCCAUCCGCACCGCGGCGAGGGACACAAAAGGCCUCUCCAUGAUCCUCACCGAGGGGCACCCUGUCCGCGGCGUCGCACUUGCUGAGUUUGGAAAGCUCCUCGCAGUAGACGAGAUGGAGGCCAAGCCGGCAAACACGCUCACGGACGGCCUCCCUCGCCCCGACGCCUUCCCUCCAACCGGUCCCCCGCGGCUCAAGCUUGCCUACGAAACACUCCUGCGCGCCCGGGAGGAGCUGCUUAUCGGGUUUGGGCGCACGAAUGAAGGAGGCAAGGUCGGGCGCUCGGUGCGCGAUGCGCUGGCCGCGCUGGAGAAGGAAAUGGAGGUGUGGAGAGACGGAGUCAGAAACGCACUGAACGACACGCCGAAGAGGGCGUGAUGUUGGUACGAUGCCUGAUCCCCAGAGCGAUAGGUGUGUCUGUAUGUGCGCGCUUGUAACGUCUUACCGCUCCUUGUAUGGAGUCACCAUGUCGUAUGGUCUCGCUGUGCAAUGGUCGAUCGCGGAUCUCAAC